AUGAUUGCUACUUCUGAUCAGUGGAUGCAGUUCCAUCAGCAACCACCUCUCAUGGAUGGCAUGGCUACUCUGGCUACACCAAUACAAGGAUCCUUAGAAACAUCUAAUGUGACAAUGAGUCCCACCAAAUCACCAGAGGGUAUCUUUAGCCCAAUCAAUUCAUACAAUACAAAUGGCCAUUUGACUCCAAAGGGAAAUUCAUUCAAACCAAUCAAAAAGAGAUCUAGAGCUUCUAAGAGAACCCCCACUACCCUCCUCAACGCCGAUUCCAAUAAUUUUAGGGCAUUAGUACAACAAUUCACUGGGUGUCCUAGCACAGUCAUGUCAUUUGGAGUCCAUAAGGGACCUAUUACCUUAAAUUUCCAACAAGGAAGCAAACAGAAGAUUCACCAUCACACAACUAGAUCAAUGCCACCUUUUGGCACUAGAAGUUCUAACCAAGUUCAUCAAGUAGCUGCUUCACUUCCAUGGCAGGAGCAACCACCGUUGAUGCAAGAGCAGCAAAGUGGUUAUUCUUUAGACCGUGUGAAAAGCUAUAACUACAAGCCUUGCAUGGAGGUCUCUCAUGAUGGAUUGCUCAUGGAUAAUGAUUUUAGUUUGCACGAACUAACCGUGAAUGCUUUCUCCAAUGAUAUUUAUAAUAAGGACAGUUUUUUUAUGUGA